AUGUUGGCGUCUUCGCCCUCGCCUUCGACGGCUGCGUUACGCUCCCCGCUUCCUUCAACUUCGGGGUCGCAUUCUCAUUCCCACUAUGAGCCGACUGGCGCUCCACAAUUCAAUAGUCCUAGAUCCUCGCGUCUGGCCAUCGACGAACUUCGCUCAGCCUUGAAUCGGCAUACUGUCGAUCCUUCAUCUCCUGAAGUUUCAGGAGAUCUUCAACGCAGGCGCGCAUCGACAUCCGACACUCUGAAGACCCUGGUCAAUCAUUCGGCCUUGGCUUCGACACCCCAAUCUACUUCUUCCGCCGUGACUGCAACCACCCCGGCGACUGCCCCAUCUACAAACCCACCCCCAGAUUCUUCCUCCCCCGCUCCCUCGAUGCCCGCCCCAACCCCGGGCUCCAACAAGCGCAAUAGCCAACGCGACCAUCACUCAUCGGAUGCGACGCCGGCGGAAUACGAUGGCGAAGACUUGGAAAGAUCGCAGUCCAAGCGCCUGCGACCUUCCAAACCAGAGGUCAAGAUGUUGCCCACGCAAUAUGAACUGGCCGACCCUCGUGACAUGGUCGUGCUGAUCUCUAGCAUGCUGAUGGAGCUGAUCCGUUUCAACGACAAGAUCCCACUACACCAGGGUCGUCUGACUCGCUUUCACUCCCGCUCUCCGCCCCGAAUCUCCGUGCAAGAUUACCUCCAGCGAUUGACAACCCACGCUACUCUCUCACCUCCCAUCCUCCUCAGCAUGGUCUACUACAUCGAUCGACUCUGCGCGCUGUACCCCGCCUUCACCGUGUCGAGUCUCACCAUCCAUCGGUUCCUGAUCACCAGCGCCACCGUCGCCAGCAAGGGACUCAGCGACAGUUUUUGGACCAACAAAACGUAUGCUCGAGUUGGUGGAAUCGGUAUGACGGAAUUAGCCAUGCUUGAACUAGAUUUCUUGUUCCGAGUCGAAUGGCGCAUUGUUCCACAACCGGAAGUGCUGGUGGACUAUUACCAGAGUCUCGUCGAUCGAUGCGAAGGGUUUGAAAUUGAAGGCGUUUGCCAGAAUGGCAGUGCUAAAGCUGGGGUAACGGGAAUUGCCCCAGCAGCCGGUCCUGUUUCAACAUAA